AUGGCACCUAACAAGGACCGUAAAGAGUCAAAGUUCUCCCACUUGCCGUUGAGCACCAGCGGCCCCAUCAGCUGCGCCGUCACCGGCACCGCCUUGCUGAACACGCCGUACCUCAACAAGGGUACUGCGUUUCCAGAGGACGAGCGCCGAGAGUUCAACCUCACGGGCUUGCUGCCGCAGAGCGUCCAUAGCCUGGAGCAACAGCUGCAUCGCGCCUAUGAACAAUACAAGACCCGGCAAGAUGACCUUGCGAAGAAUACGUUCUUGACGUCGUUGAAGGAGCAGAAUGAAGUGCUGUACUACCGGGGGCUGACAAGCAGGCAGCUCUUGCAAGAGCAUCUCCCUGAGAUGUUCAGCAUCGUAUAUACACCGACAGAGGGCGACGCCAUUCAGAACUUUUCCCGCCUCUUCAGGAGACCCGACGGCUGCUUCCUCAACAUCAACGACAUUGACCGGGUGUAUCACGACCUCGCUCAGUGGGGACGGCCAGAGGACAUUGACUACAUCGUGGUCACCGAACUUGAAGACGGCGAAGAAAUCCUUGGCAUCGGGGACCAAGGCGUCGGCGGCGUCUUGAUCUCCGUGGCAAAACUUGUCCUCACAACACUUUGCGCCGGCGUGCACCCUAACAGGACACUUCCCGUUGUGUUAGAUUGUGGCACAGACAAUGAGGAGCUUCUGAACGAUGAAUUGUACCUGGGUCUCCGCCAGAAUCGUGAGCGGGGACACAAGUAUGACCGUUUUGUCGAUGAAUUCGUCAAAGCUGCCAGGAGGCUGUAUCCGCGCGCUUAUAUCCACUUUGAGGAUUUUGGUCUUACAAAUGCAAGAAGAAUUCUGGACCAAUAUCGCCCUCACAUCCCUUGCUUCAACGAUGAUGUGCAAGGAACCGGCUGCGUGACGUUGGCCGCGAUCAUGGCUGCUUUGCAUGUGAGCAAGCAGAAGCUCUCAGAUCUGCGUCUGGUGAUUUUUGGCGCCGGAUCAGCUGGCGUCGGCAUCGCGGACCAAGUCAGGGACGCUAUUGCUGCUGAGAGGAAUGUCGGCAAAGAGGAGGCGGCCAAGCAUAUCUGGCUUAUCGACAAGCCCGGCCUGCUGACCACCGAAAGCGAGCUGUCGGCCGCCCAAAAGGUUUUUGCACGGGACUCAUCUGAAUGGAAGGACAAAGACGGCUCGCUUCUCGAAGUCGUCAAAACAGUCAAGCCCAACGUACUGGUCGGCACCUCUACCAAACCCAAAGCCUUCACCGAGGAAAUUGUCCGGGCCAUGGCCGAGGGCGUUGAAAGGCCCAUCAUCCUCCCACUCUCAAACCCCACGCGUCUGCACGAGGCUGUGCCCGAGGACCUUUACAAAUGGACCGAUGGCAAGGCUCUUGUUGCGACGGGGUCGCCGUUUAAGCCUGUCAAGGGACCUUGGGGCGAGGGUGGCAAGGAAGUUGAGAUUGAAGUUGCAGAGUGUAACAACUCUGUUGUGUUCCCCGGCAUCGGACUGGGCUCCGUGCUUUCCCGCGCGAGGUUGGUUACGGAUAAGAUGCUCGUGGCGGCAAUCGAGGGUGUUGCUUCUUUGAGUCCAGCGUUGAAGGACCAGAAGGCGCCCCUCUUGCCCGGCGUCGACGUCGUCAGAGAUGUCAGUGUGAGGGUCGCGAGGAACGUGAUCAAGGCUGCAAUCGAGGAGGGCGUUGCGACGGAAGAAGGUAUCCCUGACAACGAUGAGGAUUUGGAUGAGUGGAUUCGGGAGCAGAUGUGGUUUCCCGAGUACCGGCCCCUCAAGCUUGUAGAGUUCAGUGAGGCGAGUAGGGAGGCCAAGGGGGAGAUGAAGGUCGCGGGCAGUUUGGCCAAGGUUGGGAAUUGGUGA